CGGGGAAGGUGGAGCUUUAUUCUCAUGCAGAUGUAUAGCUACAGCUAGGGGAAUGAAGGGAUAAACCUAGGGAUAACGGUGUGAGUAUUUAAGAGAACUUCGCUCCUCUUCUGGCGAAAGAUAACUUGUUUUGACCGUCUCGAUUAUUCCGUAUCCAUCACACCGUCAUGUACCUCCACAUUACAACCAUUGCCGGUCUUUUGUUGGGACUGUGCUCCGCCUCGGCAGAGGUAUGCACAUCAAGAGAUGUGCUCGAGUCUCUGAACAAGCUGGAAUUAGACGCUCAUAGAUCGAUUGAUAUCAUCCGCUCAGAAGACCCAGACUCAAACAUCGUGGCUAAACAUCCGCCAACUGAUAAUACCUUCGACAAUCUGGUCAAGUACGAUAAUCGCGAUUUGAAGUGCACUGCCGCCCCCCUCCCUCCGCAAGAACAGCAGGUGAUCUGCCAUCAAUACAAUGAGUAUGCCAAGGUGCAAAUCCGACCAUUCCACACGGCCCUGCACGAAAAGUUCUUCUACACAUUAGUCUCCAAUUCCUCCGCGGCAGAAAGUUUGUACAAUACGGGUGAGACUUUCAGAGCGUUUAUACUGCCCUUCUCUAGGAAGCUUGCCGUCAUUGCACCUGACUGCGCCGAGGACAUGCUUAACGGCAGGAAAUUGAUCCUGGCAUAUGUUUAUGGCUUUCUGGAAAUGUAUCUCCCACCCAAAUCGGAGCUCAAAUCGGAGCUGUAGUUGAUGUCUGGAUAUCAGGGAGUCAGGUUCCUGUAAUAUAGGUUAC